ACUUCAACAUGAACUCAUGAUUAAUGAGGAUAUGAACUAAUCAUGAACUAAUGAAGAGUUAUCCUUAACUACGACAGGAGUCAUAAAGAUUCAUGCAUGAGAACAGCAGCCUUAACUACAUGUUAAUACAUGUUUGAUAAUUAAUGCAUUAAUUAACAUUUAGGGUAAACUAAAUCAAACAGUCUCUAUAAGAAGGAAUAAGAAAUAUUUGGACUUUAAAUUAAACGUGAUUUAAUACUGUCAUAAUUCAAACUGUAAAUCAUAAUCUGCCAUCUGCAGCUUUGUGACUAAUGAUUAGAAUGGCACAUGAUUAUUUAGCCAUUAAUUACAUAGAUCCGUCUAAUCAAACAUGGAAAAUAGACUAACUACCACUAAUAAAUUUAAUUUGGUUUUCUGAUUUUUAUAGUUCAUUUAUAUUUAGUCAUAGCUAAAUAGUCAUAGUUUCUUCCCGGAACUAAUGUAUGUAGGGUUUGUUUCUGGUGGGACACUCAUUAGAGGCGCACUCUAGGCGUUUGUUGUGUUCCUUCGGCAAAGAGCGGUAAUGCUGGCAUUUUAAACUAAUAAAUGUUGACUGCUUUGGUAAACCGAAUUAAUGAUUAAAGACAUGUUUAUUGGGAUUUUCAGGAGGUUAUGUACAGUUAUUUACUGUAUUUGUAUUUUUGUCGUUUAAAUGUAUAUGCUUCGAUUAGCAUUAGCUUGUGGACGCGCCCUAUUUUACAUGUAUUAGUACAGUGGUUCUCAAAAUUGCAAAUAUUUUUAAUCACUAAACUACUGUCAUAAAAAGUUAUAGUUUUGUAUAUACAUAACUCCUGAAUAAAAUUAAAAUGUGUUUGGACUGAUUUUUUUUUAAAAAAAAGUUUUGAACAAAUUUGAUUGGUUUGUCGAUAGUGAGCGCAAAUGCAGGUGAUAAGCGGUUUUGUUAAGCGAGUCAUUGAGUCGUUCAUUCACGAUUCGUUCAAACGGCCGAUUCAUCAAGAAUGAGACAGAUGUUUGUGAAUGGGUCAUUGAAUCUUUGACUCAAACGAUUUGUUCAAAACACUGAAUCAUUCAAAGCACGAUUGAGUGUUGCUGUGAGAUGCGCUAUGUUGUGAUCUUUGUUUGGAUUCAUCGGAUCUAUUUUCGCUGCUAAAAUAGACCAAAACAGUCAUUAUUUCGUCUAAAAUGUAAGUGACUUAAUAUUAUUAACUUGUUUGUUGAACUGUCAUAUCAGUGUCACAUUUUCAAUCGCGAGGUGAUGGUAAAUUAAGUGAUGGUCAGUUGUCAGCUCUCUUGGUCGUCAGGUCGUGUGAUGUAUGUUGCUGAACUGUAUUCAAAUGUUAUAAAUAUAAAAACACCACAUUUUGAAAUAUAACUGCAGUAUGUCAGUUUAGUUUAUUUGUGUGUGCUGCGCUCAUAGACUUUAGAAAACGGCGCUCAUUUGUUUGAUUUCUCCUCGAGAAGCUGCGCAAGCCUCAAAAGUUUAAGGUCCUUGCACCCUGACUGAGUCCGAAACUGUCUAUUCGUUUUUUCAUAUUCGUCAUUUGGUGGCUCUCAAUUGUCAAAAACACUCCUCAAAAUAUUUGCUACGGAUGCGAAAAAUGCAGAAAAUCGAACCAUCCGAAUUAAUUUUUAUGACGGACGGAAGUUUCAGAGGCUGCAAACGUAUAAAACGUGAGGUUGUAUUUAGUUUUUUAUAUAUAUAUAUAUAUAUAUGAACGAAUAAACUAGUCAGAAUAUAAGCUACAGUUAAAGCUUUCCUUUACCUGCAAGCUUCUGUAAAAAAUGCAGAUGAUGCCUACUAUUAGGCCUAGUAAUAAUAACAAUAAUAAAGCAUAAAUUAAUAUCAGAGGUCUGGUGCCAAUUCCCAAUUAUAGCAAUAUCCUAGUAAUGAUAAUAGGCCUACUGAUGAUGAUGAUGAUAAUAAUAAUAACAACAAUAAAGCAUGUAACCUCAUAUAAUUAUAUAGCAAUAGCCUAGUAAUGAUGAUAGGCCUACUGCUACUCAUUAUUAUAAUAAUAAUGCCUGCAAGCUCACAUUAGACGUCUGGUGCUACUGCCAAUUCUAACAAUAGGCUAGUAAUGAUAAUAGGCCUACCUACCGCUACUGAUGAUGAUAAUAAUAAUAAUAAUAAUGUGGGCCUAAAAAUAAUAGCCUAGGGCUAUCUAUCUAUCUAUCUAUCUAUCUAUCUAUCUGGUGUGGGAAUAAGAAUGGUGUUUAUGGCAGGAUAGUGUUUAUUCAUAUAUUAGUUAAUGAUUUGUAAGUGCAUCAUUGUGUCAUGACUUUACUUGAGGGGGCACAUCAUACUUAAUUAUUAACUAACCAUAUACUAACAUCAACUAAUGGCUUGUUAAUGCAUAAUUGUGUCAUGACUUUACUUGAGGGGGCACAAUCAUAAUUAAUUCACUGUUAAUUACUUGCCAAAUUCAGCUCAUGAUUUAUCAUUAACUUGCUAUCAAAUACACAUGUACUAGUACAACUAGUAUUCAGCCCAGUUAAGUGAUGUUAUAUGGAUCUUCAAAAAGUCAGAGAAUGGAGGUACAGUAUCAUCACAGCCUGCGUCUGGAUGGAGAGUGAACUGUACUGAUGCUCAGCAAACGUUCCCUGACCUUAGUGCAUGUUUCUUGUUUGGUUAUUUUUUUGGGAACUGAUUCCUCAGUUUCACAUGAUUCCCUCAGGUACAAUGCUAUUCAUGCCUAUUUUCUGGUGUCUGCUGACUUUAAAAAGGCGUGAUCAUUGUCGGUUUCACAUACACAAUAGAAAGAAGUUGACACAGAAAGGAAAAAGUAAACACUACUGUAAGGAUGGGUAUCAUUUGUAUUUAUUUAGAUUUAUUAUUGUUUUGUUCACCACAGACUGAAAAAUAACACUGUUAUAGAGCAGUUUUAUAGUCUUUCAGCAUAUAUACCCUGACUCAAAUGAUCUGUUUCUGCUACAAACACUUAAAGUCAGAUCUCUGCUGAUGAUCAGGUUCAAAAGCUUCAAUAGUUCCUGUUUUAACCUCAUUCAUUAACAUGUGUUUAAAUCACCUGUAAACUGCCACUGAAAGCUCAUUUCAUGGGUAUCAACAGACUGACUGAUCACCAUAAAUCAGCAUUUCAAUAUAGUUUGUGAUGAACCAUUUUUCAUUUAAAAACAACUAAAAAUUAAAAAUGUGAACAAAAACUCAGCUAGAUGACUAGGUAAGUGAAGUUUAAUUACGCUGAUGUUAUUUGCUGUUUACAAAUCUGUACAUUUAUUUCUGAAUUUGUUUUUUUUUUUUUUUUACAUGGAUUCUUUUAAUUGUGGUUAUGUAUAGUAUUUUCCUAGAUUUGUCCAUGCUGAAGAUAAAAUAAUGUUAAAUUUAAAAACAAAAUACCCUGAGUGCUUUUUUUUAAAUUAAACAAAUUCAUUAACUUUGCAUUUUGAUAAAUGGAUAUAUAAACAUAAUACAUAAAUGCUUCUGAAUUUCAUUCUAUUGAAGUCAGUGGGGUCCAUCAGCUGUUUAGUUACCCACAGUUGAAGGUGAGUAAAUGAUUUCAUUUUUGGGUGAACGAUCCUUUUGAAUCUGUAGUUAUGAUGGGGUUAGCGCCAUCUAAUGGAGAUAAAAUGAAAUGUAGCUCUUACAGCAUCCGGUUUUACGUCUCAACCAGUCCUUUAACGUUUCGUUGAUUAAAAAAAAAUAAAAUACUGAAAUCAUUGUCAUUUGUGUAUUAUUCACAAAAUAAUGCUAAAAUAAUGUCCAAAAGCUUGACUCAUGUUGUGUAAACGAAACUGAAAGUGUUGAAGACAAACGCUGUCAUGUCUAUUCAUCAUCUGACUGGAAGUAAUGAAAAAUAAUUAAAAUGCAAUUUGUGUUUUAUGUUUCAGAUGAUGUGAAGUUAAAUUAGCUUAUUAGAUUGCUUAAACUUAUCCGUUGGGAGGCACCCGAACAUCUACCAUGCAGUUUUUUUUGUUUGUUUAGUUUUGUUUCUGUUUUUUGUAUAUUUGGUGAGAAAAGAUUAUAUUGGAAUUAUUCUGUCGCUUCUCAAAUGAUCGCAUCUAAUAACUGCAUGAUUUGCACUUGAUGAAGACAUAAAAGUGCAGAAUUCUUAAGAUUUAUUGAGGCUUUAAAAUAAGGAUGUUACAACCGCCAGUCAGUGCUUAACCAUGAACAAAUCUACAGAGCUCAUAAAUCACAGUAAAAAAUAGUUUGGCUGUUACAGGAAUUGUACCAUGUGACUAACCAUAAAGAGAAAACGGAAACCAUUCUGCACAUGGUGAUGCUCCAGACCGGUAUUGAUGCAAGUCGUUCUGAGCAGCUGAAUUUCUUCAACAAGAAGAUCCCAGUGUUGAUCUGUUUUCAAUGGCAGUUUAGCCGCAGUAAUGUCAGAGGAACGAGGAAAUGACUCUCUCUCUAAGAUGAGUCUCUCAGAGAAACAGAGGGAAAGAUCAGACUCAGAGGUUUCCAGCUCUGAGUCUGUGAAGAGUGACCAGUCGAAAGGUGACGUGCCAUAUUUCACUGAAGAAACACCUACCAAAAGUGAGAGAUCAGAUUCAGACCCACAUGUGUCCUUCAAUGAGGAAACUCCAUCACAAUCCAAAAGUGAAAGAUCAGGUUCACCAGUAUUCAGCUCUGUGUCUAUGAAGAGUGACCAUUCAAAAGGUGAUGGUCCAAACUUCAGUGAGAACAAAACAUCACCUGCCAAAAGUGAAAGAUCAGGUUCACCAGUAUUCAGCUCUGUGUCUAUGAAGAGUGACCAUUCAAAAGGUGAUGGACCAAACUUCAGUGAGAACAAAACAUCACCUGCCAAAAGUGAGAGAUCAGGCCCACACGUGUCCUUCAGUGAAGCAACUCCGUCACAAAUCAAAAGUGAAAGAUCAGGUUCACCAGUAUUCAGCUCUGUGUCUAUGAAGAGUGACCAUUCAAAAGGUGAUGGUCCAAACUUCAGUGAGAACAAAACAUCACCUGCCAAAAGUGACCAUUCAAAAGGUGAUGGACCAAACUUCAGUGAGAAGAAGCCAUCAUCUACCAAAAGUAAAAAAUCAGGCUCACAUGUGUCCUUCAGCAAAGAAACACCAUCACGAACCAAAAGUGUAAGAUCAGAUUCGCAUGUGUCCAGUUCUGUGUCUGUGAAGAGCGACCAUUCUAAAGGUGAUGGACCAAACUUCAGUGAGAAAACACCAUCUAAAAAAAGUGAAAGAUCAGGCUCACAUGUAUCCUUUGUGUCUGUAAAAAGUGACCAUUCAAAAGGUGAUGGACCAAACUUCAAUGAGAAAACACCAUUUUACAAAAGUGUAAGAUCAGGCUCACAUGUAUCCAGCUUUGUGUCCAUGAAGAGUGACCAUUCAAAAGGUGAUGGACCGAACUUCAGUGAGGAAACACCAUCACCUUCCAAAAGUAACAGAGGGCAGAAGACCACAGUAAAUAUUGGUGCAGAAUUUUCACGGUGGAAAACUCUAAAAGCACAGAAGGGAUUGAAGAGUGAUGUGGAACUGGCAACUUUUCUUCUUAACAGGGUUCAAUUUGAGAAAUCGGACUCAGAUUACAAGAAUUACCGCAACCGCAAGGAUUUCAGAGAAAAUCUUCUUUGGAUCUUCAAGGCUGUUGAGAACAAAAUACUCAUAUUUCUGAAGAAUGAGCUGGAAAAGUUUAAGAAAAUAUUAAAAAAAGAGAACACACAAUACUUUGUGCAGGACUUUAUAGAGGAAAUGCGUGAUGUCAAAGAAGCAGCUCUUGAUAUGACACUCUUUUUCCUGAGAGAUAUGAAGCAAGUUGAGGCUGCAGAUGCUCUACAAGAUGAGCUGGUCCUCAUUCAUCAGCGACCGCUAAAAUCAAAUUUGAAGAAGAAGCAUCAGUCUGUAUCUGAAGGAAUUGCAAAGCAUGGCGACUCCAAGCUUCUGAAUAACAUCUACACAGAUCUCUAUAUGACUCUGGGUGCUAUUAAACAAGUCAAUACACAGCACGAAGUAAGGCAAGUUCAGGUUGCUGACAGGCGACAUGAAUCACAAGAGAUAGCAGUUGAAUGCAAAAAUUUGUUUAAAGCACCUGAACAAGACAAGGAGAUCAGAACUGUACUGACAAAAGGAGUUGCUGGCAUCGGAAAAUCCAUCUCUGUGCAAAAGUUUAUUGUGGAUUGGGCUGAAGGAAAAGAAAAUAAGGAUAUUACUUUCAUAUUUCCCCUUGCAUUUCGAGAGAUGAACUUAAAGGAGAAAGAAAAACAAAGCUUGACAAGUCUUAUAAGUCAGUUUUUCCCAGAGAUAAAAGGACUGAACCUGGCAAGAAAUGAUAAAUUCAAAUUCCUCUUCAUCCUUGAUGGAUUGGAUGAAUGUCGUCUUCCUCUGAACUUUGAUGGUAAUGAAACAUGCCGUGAUGUGUCGUCACCAGUCUCCUUGGAUGUUCUCCUAACAAACCUCAUCAAGGGAAAUCUGCUUCCUUCUGCUCUCAUCUGGAUCACCACCAGACCAGCAGCUGCCAUUAAGAUUCCUCCUGAAUGUAUUGACCGUGUGACAGAAGUACAAGGAUUCAAUGAUGCACAAAAGAAGGAGGAGUACUUCAGAAAAAGAUUCACUGAUGUGGAUCUGGCCAAUGAAAUCAUUGAUAAUGUUAAACAAUCAAAGAGUCUCUUUAUCAUGUGCUACAUCCCAGUCUUCUGCUGGAUUUCAGCCACUGUUCUCCAGAACAUUUUGGAGGAGAAAAGAAAUAAUGAUCUGGAAAAAAAUAAGGGUGAUGACACCUCUAAAACACUGCAGGAAUCAAAUACUGAAGACACUCCCAGGACUCUGACACAGAUGUACACACACUUUCUCCGAUUUCAGAUCCUGCAGAGUCGUCGAAAGUACGAGGGAAAAUACACACCCAAUAUUUCCUGGGAUAAAGAUGCCAUCCUUUCACUGGGGAAACUAGCAUUUCACCAGCUGCAAAGAAACAAUCUGCUUUUUUAUAACACAGAUCUGGAAUCCUGUGGUAUUGACGCCUCUAAAGCAUCAGUGUAUUCAGGCAUGUGUACCCAGAUCUUUAAGGAGGAAAAAGGGAUCAUUCUCGGUACCACUUUCUGCUUUGUUCACUUGAGCAUUCAAGAGUUUAUAGCAGCACUUUAUGCACAUCUGUUUUUAGACAUCAACAAGAAAAGUGUGUUUGUUCAGGAGUCUACAAAACAGGAAAACAAAAAUGAAGACAUGAUUGAUUUGCUCAAGACUGCAGUGGACAAGGCGCUUGAGAGUGAUACUGGACACCUGGACCUUUUUCUUCGAUUCCUCCUCGGUCUGUCACUCCAAACCAAUCGUCCACUCUUACGAGGUCUGUUGACACAGCAAGACGACAAUGACCAGAGCAACAAGGAAAUAGUUCAGUACAUCAAGCAGAAGUUAGAAGAGAAUCUGUCUCCAGAGAGAUCCAUCAAUCUGUUCUACUGUCUGAAUGAACUGAACGACCAAACUCUGGUGAAAGCGAUUCAGACUCAACUUAGAGAAGGAAGUCUUUCAUCUGCUGAUCUUUCACCUGCCCAGUGGUCUGCUGUGGCCUUUGUUUUGUUGACAUCAGAGGAAGAGAUGAAGGAGUUUGAGCUUCAGAAAUUCAAGAAAUCAGACGAAUGUCUCUUUAGACUAUUGGAAGUUGUGAAAAUCUCCAAAAGAGCUGUGUUAAACGAUUGUAACAUAACAGACAAAAGCUGUUCAAGUCUGGCUAAAGCUCUCGAAUCAGAUAACAAUCUGAAAGAGCUGAUUAUGGACAGUAAUAAUCUGCAGGAUGCAGGAGUGAGGCUGCUCUGCGCUGGACUGAAUAGUGUAAAGUGUAAAUUGGAGAUACUGAGGCUCAGUAAGUGUGAUCUAACAGAGGAAAGCUGUUCAGCUCUGGCUUCAGUUCUCAAUUCAGACUCCAGCAGUCUGAAGCAUCUUGAUCUGAGCAAUAAUAAUCUGAAGGAUUCAGGAGUGAAGUUUCUCUCUGAUGGACUGAAAGAAAAUUGUAAACUAGAGAAACUAAAACUCUCUAACUGUAAUGUAACUGAAGAAGGGUAUAAAGCUCUGGCUUCAGCUCUGAAAUUGAACCCUUCACACCUGAUAAAGCUGGAACUCAGGGGAAAUGACCCUGGACUAUCAGGAGUAGAGCAUCUCCUUGAUGUACUACAGAAACCAGAUUGUAAACUAAAAAUAAGGUUUUUGAGUACUGAAGCAGAGAAAGUCUUUCAGAAACUGACUGAUGUUCUGGGUAAAAACCUGUUACUCCUGAGAGAGCUGAAUCUGAAUGAAUGUCAACUGGGAUAUUCAGAAUUGAAGAAACUUGUUCCUGUACUGGAAGAUAAACACUGUAAACUCAACACAAUGAUUCUGAAUGACUCCUUUAUAACAGAAGAAGAUUGUCGUGCUUUAGCUGCAGCUUUGAAUUUAAAUCCUUCAAAUCUGAAAGAGCUGGAUCUAAGUCGAAGUAUUCUCAAAGACUCAGGAAUGAAGAUUCUCUCGUCUCUGUUUUCAAAUGUAGAAUGCAGACUGGAAAAGCUGAAACUUUCAGACUGUAGCAUCACAGAAGAAGGUUAUAAAACUCUGGCUUCAGCUCUGAGAUCAAACCCUUCACACCUUAUAGAGCUGGAUCUCACAGGAAAUGAUCCUGGACAAUCAGGAGUGAAGGAGCUCAAUGAUUUACUACAGAUUCCAAACUGUCAACUGAAAACACUGAGGUUUUUGAGUCCUGCUGCAGAUGAAGCCUGUCAAUAUGUAAACAGAGUUGUGGGUAAAAACCCGUUACUCCUGAAUGAGCUGAAUCUGAGUGGACAUAAACUAGAGGACUCAAAUGUGAAGCAGCUUGCUGUUUUACUGGAAGAUAAACACUGUAAACUCAACAUACUUCAGCUGAGUAAUAACAGUGUUGCAGAAGAAGGUUGUGCUGCUCUGACUUCAGCAUUUAAUUCAAACCCUUCAAACCUGAUAGAGCUGGACCUGAGUGGAAAUAAACUCGGAAACUCAGGAAUAGUGAAGAUCUGUCCUCUUUUAAAAAAUACACAAUGCAGAUUGGAGAAACUCAAACUUUCAGACUGCAGUGUCACAGAAGAAGGUUAUAAAGCUUUGGCUUCAGCUCUGAGAUCAAAUUCUUCACACCUGAUAGAGCUGGAUCUCACAGGAAAUGAUCCUGGACAAUCAGGAGUGAAGCAGCUCCUUAAUGUACUUCAGAAACCAGGCUGUAAACUGACACUGAGAUUUUUGAAAACUGCUGCUGCAGAGGAAGCAUGUGACUAUCUCAGUGGAGUUGUGGGUACAAAUCCAUUAUUACUGACAAAACUGGAUCUUAGUAAAGCUAAAUUAGGAGAUCUGGAUGGAGAGAAGCUCUCUGCUCUUUUGAUGGACUCUCAUAGCAAAGUGGAGAUAAUGACACUGAAUAAUUGUGAGCUGACUGAGAAAAGCUGUUCAGUUCUAGCUACUGUUCUCUCCUCCAAAACCAUUCUGAAAGAGCUAAACCUGAACAACAGCUGUCUGCUGGACUCAGGAGUCAAAGAGAUCUGUGAGGGACUGAAGAAUCCUGUGUGUAAGCUGAAGAUACUCAAGCUCAGUAAGUGUGAUCUAACAGAGGAAAGCUGUUUGGCUAUUGCUUCAGUUCUUAGUUCAGACUCUAGCAGUUUGAAGGAUCUUGAUCUGAGUGAUAAUAAUCUGAAGGAUUCAGGAGUGAAGUUGCUCUCUGAUGGACUGAAGGAGAAUUGUAAACUGGAGAAUCUCAGACUUUCAGGCUGCAGUAUCACAGAAGAAGGUUAUAAAUCUCUGGCUUCAGCUCUGAGAUCAAACCCUUCACAUCUGAUAGAGCUGGAUCUCAGAGGAAAUGAUCCUGGACAAUCAGGAGUGAAGGAGCUCAGUGAUUUACUACAGGAUCCAAACUGUAAACUAACUAUGAGGUUUUUGAAUUCAGAUGAAGCAGAUGAAGCCUGUAAGUUUUUGACUAGAGAUCUGAGUAAAAAUCCGUUACUCCUGAGAGAGCUGAAUGUGAGUGACUAUAAAUUGGACUUAAAGAAAGUGAAGCAGCUCGCUGCUCUACUGGUGGAUAAACACUGUAAACUAAACAUAAUUCAGCUGAAUAAUAACGGCAUUACAGCAGAUGGUUGUGCUGCUCUGACUUCAGCAUUAAUUUCAAACCCAUCAAACCUGACAGAGCUGGAUCUGAGUGGAAAUAAACUAGGAAAAUCAGGAGUGGAGCAUAUCUGUCAUCUGCUGGCAAAUAUGCAAUGCACAUUGAAGAAACUAAAACUUUCAUACUGUAGUAUCACUGGAGAAAGUUACAAAACCUUGGUUUCAGUUCUGGAAUCAAUCCCUUUAUCACACCUGAUAGAGCUGGAUCUCACAGGAAAUUACCCGGGACGAUUUGGACUAAAUUGGCUCUUUAAAUUACUAGGGCAUGGAAUGACCAUCAGCUUUUUGAGUCCUGCUGCAAAGGAAGCGUGUGAGUAUCUCACUAAUGUUCUGGGUACAAAUCCAUUACUACUGCAAGAACUGGAUCUGAGCAGUAUUAAACUAGGAGACAUGGAUUGGGAGAAAAUCUCUGCUCUUUUGGUGGACUCGCAUUGCAUAGUGGAGAAAAUAAAGCUGAAUAAUUGUGAGCUGACAAAUAAAAGCUGUUCAGUUCUAGCUACUGUUCUCUCUAAAAAUAACAACCUGAAAGAGAUGGAUUUGAACAACAGCCGUCUGCUGUACUCAGGAGUCAAACAGAUCUGUGAGGGACUGAAGAAUACUGUAUGUAAGCUGAAGAUACUCAAACUUUCAAACUGCAGUAUCAGUGAAGAAGGUUAUAAAGCUCUUGCUUCAGCUCUGAGCUCAAACCCUUCACACCUGAUAGAGCUGGAUCUCACAGGAAAUGAUCCUGGACAAUCAGGAGUGAAGGAGUUCAUUGAUUUACUACAGAAUCGAAAGUGUUCUCUGAAAAAACUGAGUUUUUUAGAAGGUCCUGCUGCAGAAGCCUAUCAGUAUCUUACUGAAGUUCUUGGAAUUAAAUACCUUGAGAAACCUUUAGAAACCUUGUUAUUCUUGAGAGAUCUGAAUCUAAGUGAACAUAAACUAGGAGACACAGGAGUGAAUCAGAUCGCUGUUCUACUGCAGGAUAAACAUUGCAAACCCAACACACUCAUGCUGCGUGAUUGUGGUCUAACAGAGAAAAGCUGUUCAACUCUCGCUACAGUCCUGAGAUCAAACUCCAGUCUGAAAAAGCUAGACAUCAGCAACAAUAAUCUGCAGGAUUCAGGAGUGAAGAAACUCCAGAACGGAUUAGAAAAUACAAACUGCAAACUGAAGACACUCAGACUUUCAAACUGCAGUAUCACAGAAGAAGGUUAUAAAGCUCUGGCUUCAGCUCUGAGAUCAAACCCUUCACACCUGAGAGAGCUGGAUCUCACAGGAAAUUAUCCUGGACGAUCAGGAGUGAAGGAGAUCAGUGAUUUACUACAGGAUGGACAUAAUCAAUUGAAGACUAUCAGGUUUUUGAAAAGUCAUGCUGCACAGAAAGCGUGUGACUAUCUCACUAAAGUUCUAGGUAAAAGUCCGUUAUUACUGACAGAACUGGAUCUGAGUGAAGAUAAAUUGGGAGAUUUGGAUGGAGAGAAGCUCUCUGCUCUUUUGAUGGACUCACAUAGCAAACUGGAGAAAAUGAAACUGAAUAAUUGUGAGCUGACUGAGAAAAGCUGUUCAGUUCUAGCUACUGUUCUCUCCUCCAAAACUAUCCUGAAAGAGCUGAACCUGAACAACAACCAUCUGCUGGACUCAGGAGUCAAAGAGAUCUGUGAGGGACUGAAGAAUCCUGUAUGUAAGCUGAGGAUACUGAAACUUUCCAACUGCAGUGUUACAGAAGAAGGUUAUAAAGCUCUGGCUUCAUCUCUGAGAUCAAAUCCUUCACACUUGAUAGAGCUGGAUCUCACAGGAAAUGAUCCAGGACAAUCAGGAGUAAAGGAGCUCAAUGAUUUACUACAGGAUCCAAACUGUCAACUCAAGACACUGAGGUUUUUGGGUCCUGUUGCAGAUGAAGCCUGUCAGUAUGUGACUGGAAUUGUGGGAAACAACCCAUUACUCCUGAGAGAGCUGAAUCUGAGUGAACGUGAACUAGGAGACUCAAAUGUGAAGAAGCUUGCUGCUCUACUGCAGGAUAAACACUGUAAACUCAACACACUGAUACUUUCCAACUGCAGUGUUACAGAGGAAGGUUAUAAAGCUCUGGCUUCAUCUCUGAGAUUAAAUCCUUCACACCUGAUAGAGCUGGAUCUCAGAGGAAAUGAUCCUGGACAAUCAGGAGUGAAGGAGCUCAAUGAUUUACUACAGGAUCCAAAAUGUCAACUCAAGACACUGAGGUUUUUGUGCCCUGUUGCAGAUGAAGCCUGUGAGUAUGUGAGAGGAAUUGUGGGCAAAGACCCGUUACUCCUGAGAGAGCUGAAUCUGAGUGAACAUGAACUAGGAGACACACGAGUGAAUCAGAUUGCUGCUCUACUGCAGGAUAAACACUGUAAACUCAACACACUGAUUCUGUGUGGAUGCAGUAUUACAGAGAAACAGUGUCUCAUCCUUACUUCAGCUCUGAAAUCAAACCUAUCAUACCUGAGAGAGCUGGAUCUCAGUGAGAAUAAACUACAAAAUAAAGGAGUGAAUAUUUUAUGUGAUGUACUGAAGGAUUCACACUGUAAACUAGAGAGAUUAAGGUUGAGAUACUGUGGCAUGACAUCUGAAGGAUGUUCUGCUGUGACUUCCGCUCUGAAUUCAAACCCAUCACACCUGAGAGAGCUGAACCUGAGUGCAAAUCAACUAGGAUUUGAAAACCUUGGUGUUUUGCUGAGGAACCCCAAAUUCAAGCUGGAAAUACUAGUUCUGUGUGGAUGCAGUAUUACAGAGAAACAGUGUCUCAUCCUUACUUCAGCUCUGAAAUCAAACCCAUUACACAUGAGAGAGCUGGACCUCAGCGAGAAUGAACUAAAAAACACAGGAGUGAAGCACUUAUGUGACAUACUUUAUGACUCACAAUGUAAACUGGAGAGACUGAGGUUCAGACACUCUGAUAUGACAGAUGAAGGUUGUUCUGCAGUGACUUCAGCUCUGAAAUCAAACCCAUCACACCUGAGAGAACUGGACCUCAGUGAGAACCACCUAGGAGAAUCUGGAGUGAAAAACCUCUGUGAUUUACUGAGGGACAAACAAUGCAACCUGGAGAAACUAGAUUUAUGUAGAUGCAGUAUUACAGAGAAACAGUGUCUCAUCCUGACUCUAGGACUGUGUUCAAACCUUUCACACCUGAGAGAGCUGAGCCUCAGUGGAAAUGAACUAAAAAACACAGGAGUGAAUCACUUAUGUGACGUACUGAAGGAUUCACACUGCAAACUGGAGAGACUGAGGUUAAAAUCCUGUGAUAUGACAGAUGAAGGUUGUUCUGCUCUGACUUCAGCUCUGAAAUCAAACUCAUCACACCUGAGAGAGCUGGAGCUGAGUGGGAAUAAAAUAAAACACAAAGGAAUGAAGCAUUUAUGUGACAUACUGAAGGAUUCAGACUGUAAACUGGAGAGAUUGAGCCUAAAAGACUGUGGCAUUACAGAUGUUGCUUGUUUGGCUCACGCUUUGAGUAAGACAAAAGCAUUGCAUUGUUUAAAAGAACUUGAUCUGAGUAAGAAUAAAAUAGGAAACUCAAAGAAGCAGCUCAGUAAAGUGCUCAAAGACUCAAACUGUAACCUGAGACUAGACAGUGAAGAGACUAUGUUUAGAGUCAAUCUAAACAGCAUUGGUGGAUGGUUUUCAUCCAGACCAGUACCCAUCAGUUGAUGGAUCUUCACAAGAGCCUCACUAUAAUGUAAUCAAUGAAAUCUGUUCUCAACUGACAAUAUUUGUCCAGAAAAAUUAAAAUCAGUGUUUGUAUCCGUUUUAAAUCUUUGAGAACAACACUCUGUCAGAAUAGUUAUUGUUGAUGAGAUGUUGCCAAACCUAUUUGCUAUUUAAAACCUACAGCUAUGAGUAGUAUAGCUAUGAUACAUUUAACAAAUGUAAAGUUUAUUAUCCUAGCUUUUAUGUAUUACUAUUUAAAUGAUUACUAAUGCAUACAGGUAGAACAAAUUAAAUAAUGCUCACAUGAGUAAUGUUAAAUGGUUACUGGGCAAAAGGGGGUUAACAUUAACACAGAGAGACCAGUAUCUGGAAUGUUCCAAGAUAUAAAACGAAAGAUGCUAGAGCUUUUGCAGUGAAAUCUGCAUUUCUUUUGGAAUAGUCUUCCAAUUGAUAUUAGACUUUUUAUUACUUGUGAAGUCUUGUCAAUGUCUUUUUUUUUUUCUUUUUUUUUUUGAGUGUGUAUAAGUAUGUGCUAUAAAAUAUAAAUUAUUCUUGUUAUCAUUAUUAACAGUAACAGCAAUGGCUGACAAUUACAUUUGUGCUCGCUUUGGUGAAGUUUCCUCAAUGUUCUGCAAAAUAAUGUUCAUAGAGCAUCACUGCAAUCUCUAAAUGUUCAUUAAAGUUUCAUGAAGUUUAUGAGGGAAUAUUCUCAGAUGUUCCUACUCAGGACUGAAUGUUUGUGAUCAAACAGCUCAACGGGCUCCACGAUCAAAUUUAACAUAGUAAACUGUUGUGUCUAGAUUUUUGUUAUAAUGUUAUGCUCAUAAGACGAUUGAUAUUCUGUUUGAGUAAUUGUUUUCUAUAAACAGAGUCUAUAGCUUACUGUGGAAAAAAAGGAAGAAUACAAAGCCAAUAAACUGUGAUAAUAAAAUGGUGUAAAUGAAAA